AUGGAGGACUUGGCGAGGUCCGACUAUCCCGCCAUGCUGGUGAGUACUGCACUUCUUGCCCUUGUGCCUACGUACAAACUUUCUACUCUGGACACUGGGCAAUUGAGUCUCCCUCAAAAUGCUGACUGCUGCUAUUUUGUCCGGGUCCGUCAGGCCAACCUACAGCCUGGCCAGGCGGUUCAGACAUUCAACGAUCGGGUCAAGCGCAUCAACAAGCUCAAUCUCGAAAUUGCCGACUGGCUCCAGGAACGCCGUCGAGUCGAAGAGCAAUAUGUCAUAGGCCUGCGAAGGCUCGCACAGAGCAGAACCCCAAAUUCACAAUCCGAGCUCGGUGUCUUUCGAGUCCCCUGGACCCGAAUUGCCGAUGCCAUUGAGCGCAUUGCCCAGUCACACCACGUCUUCGCCGAAAGGCUUGAGAGCGAUGUCGAGCACCCAUUGCGCUUGUACCAGCAGCGACGAGACUACCAGAAUAUGUACAACAUUUCUAGCAACUUGACGACAAUGGCAAGAGACCUCGAAGGUGCCCAAGACAAGGCGGAUAAGAUAAAUAAGAAGGGCGCCAAGGCCAGCAGCCUCAAGGUGGAUGAGGCUUCGGCAAAGCUGGAAUCAGCUGUGCAGCAAUGGGAAUCCCAAGCGCCGUUUAUAUUUGAGUCUUUACAGGCCGUCGACGAAACCCGCGUGAACCAUCUCCGAGAUGUCCUAACCCAGUAUCAAACUCACGAGACAGACCAAGCUCAGAGGCUUCAAGACAUUGCCGCCCAGACACUUGCCGUUGUGUUGGAGAUUAAUACAGAAAAGGAAAUCAAAGAUUUUGUGGCAUGCACAGUCGCCGGCAGGCUUCCUGCCCCAACGAGGACAUCUACCCGUCGUUCCUCAAUGGUCGGACGGCAGCCUUCCCUGGAACAGCCUCCUCCCGUACCACAUUCCGACACGAUGAACUCCCUAGUAUCAGCAGCAAUCAACCCUCCUCCAACUAGGGGGUCUAUUUCACAGCAAUCUCAUCACGAGGGUGACGUCGUUGAGCAGCUCCCCGCAGACCAGCCCAAAGGAACCUUGUUUGGUGGGCGACGUCGACAAAGUGUUCACGGUGGCUUUGGGGGCCUGUCACCUGGCAAACCUGGCGGCAUCACAUUUGGUCGUCUUGGGAGCAGCCACGGACGGGGUGUCUCUCCUCGCACAUCUUCAACCAACCUGCACGAGUCAGGUCGUCUAGCCUCUCUAGCUGAAACCCCAGAUACCCCUACGGCAUCGACCCAUGACGGAUCCGUUAACGAUCGAAACCGGCCACAUGAAGCUACCAACGGCGUACACCCAAAGGACAGACCAAAAGCUACAGGUGUGAAUGGAACAAAGUCAAGUGGCAGUUUUGAUGUGCCUCCACUUCCCGGAUCACCCCCGACUCGGCAUAUCGAGAAGACUGGCGUCCUGACCAAGGACGAAGAGGGCUUCACUGUCCGAGAGCCGAUGAACGAUCCCAUUUCUGAAGCUCAGAGAGAAGCAGCUGGCGAAGAGGCCGAUCAGCUAUUUAAGUUGAAUAUCCAAAACAAACCCAUCGACGAGGAAGACCCCGAGGCCAAAAAGGCGGCCCUGUCAAGCGUUGCGAAUACACUGAAGUUGGGGCCAGCGACUCGGAGGACUAGCACCAUACGAGGGCGACGAGAUGUUAGAAACACUGUAUUUGUACCGCCUCCCGGAGCAACUCAGGCCGAGUCUUUUCUGCCUACAAUUUCCGCUUCUCCGCCGUUACCAGGCAGCGCAUCGUUUAUGCGAUCUCACGCUGUGACCGCUUUGGCUUCAGAAUCCAGUAUCGCUGGCACUUCAGACAGCCAAUCUAUUCGUUCUGGACAUUCUUUGGGCAGCUUGGUUCAUGCCAAGCAUCCAGAGCUUACUGGACCGGGCCUCCAGAGCUCUAUAAUAGAAACUGUUUCUGCUAUUUUCGAGGGCGGCGUCGUGAAGAGUGCUAGCGUUACUGGUGAGCUAGCGUUUGUCAAUAAUAAUGCCGAUAUUUCCUCUGAAAAGACUCAUGAAACUAUUCGAUUAAACAACUUCCCCAGACUUGAACGCAUCGGGCCAAACCGCAUCUUUGUUCAAAAUGCUUCACUAGAUCAGCCGGACCAAUUUGCUCUCGAUCUUUCGCACCUUGCCAAGACAUCUAUUGCGUUCUCAUACAAGGUCUUUUCUGACGACUCUGGCUUAUCGGGCCUAGGGAAGCAUUGCCCAUUGCUGCUGACGCCAGUGUGGAAGCCGCAAGAGGAUAAGUUGGGUUUGUUGCUGCAGUAUCAGCUCAACCCAACGAGCUACUUCACCACGCCAAUCACGCUGCAUAAUGUCGUCUUUGUGGCCAGAUAUGAGGGCAAAGCUACGGCUGCUCAAACUAAACCCAGUGGCACACACCUCAAGGAUAAGCACCUGGUGUACUGGAGACUGGGUGACGUUACUUUGACUGGGGACUUGCAAAAGAUUGUGUGCCGGGUUGUCGGAGCAGACGGCAUCUGCCCGACCCCGGGGCACGUAGAAGCCCGGUGGGAGUACACGGCAGCGGGGGGUGCGUCGUUUGGCAGCGGCAUAUCGGGGUCAAGGCUCGCAGACAAGGGCAAGGGCAAGGAGCUCGCCGACGAUGAUCCUUUCGCAGACACGGGGUCGGCAACUAGUCAGACAUGGCUGGAUGUCCCUGUGACUCGGAAGCUCGUAAGCGGAAAAUACGAAGGCAGAUGA